AUGCCCUCCGAACAGCCGUCGGCAUCCACCGUGGCUACCGACCCGGCGCACACGCCCCUCUUCUAUCCCAGGCGCAGAUGGAAGAAGCCCUCGUCCGGUCCCCAGCCCCGCUUGGGUGGCGGCAACCAACGGGGCCUCAACUCUAGUCACCUCGGGCCCCCUUCAAGCAGGAGCGAGCUCAAGCGCACGCUCCGCGAGUCCGCGGAGACUGCCGGACUAGUGCUCGACCUCAACGCGGCGAAGGGCUCGCGUGGGUCCGACGCCAGCGUCCGCCUCGACGGAGACGACGGCGACCUCGAAAGGCUCGGAGCUGUGCGCGUCGCCCUCGACGUAGACCAUGGCGCCGCCCAGAGUCUCUGGAGCGAUGUGGACGAGGUCAAGCUCCUCGCCGCCGCCGCCGCCGCCUUCCGCGAGCGCACCGGACGACCCCCGCUCCGCCUGGACGCGGGCGCGCUGUUCGACUCCAUCAAGGAUUCCGUCUCCCCGCACAUCGACGAGGCCAUGGCGGACGACAAGCUGAUGUGCUUCGAGAGCAAGUUCUUGUACGGUGCGCUGGCGAGUUCCACCGCCACGCACGACCGCCGCGUGCAUGACCUGUCCACCAGAGUGUGGGGUGCCCUCGACGUCGUGCCCCUUCCGGAGGACGACUCGGGCGGCCAAGAAGCUGACGAGAGCUACAGCGACGAGCGACGCUUGAUCACAGAGCGCGCGCCCAUGCCCGCACCCUCGCCAUGCCUCGACGCGGCGAUGCUGUACGAGCGGUCAUCUGCAUCCUCCAUCGACGCCGGCGGGGCGCCACGCUUCCUUCCCACGACAAGCGACGCCUCAUCACAGAAGGCGCGCCCAUGCCCGCACUCUCGCCACGCCUCGACGCGUCGUCGCUGUCCGAGCGGUCAUCCGAAUCCUCCAUGCACGCCGACGCGACGCCCACGGCUCCUUGCCCCGAGCGACGGCUGA